GCCGUCAUCAUCAUUAUCCAUCCCCUCUCUCUCUGUUUCUCUUCUUCUUGUUCCUCCUCCCCCGCCACCGCCGGCAAGCCGGCGCUCUCUACUGUACAAAUAGAGAGAGAGAGAGAGAGAGGGGGGGUUGAGUGGAUGGGGAUGAGGGCGCUCGUCUCCGGCCAGCCGGCGCUUCUAUGCCCCUCUGCCUCUGGGUUGCCGUCGUCUCUGAGCAGCAGGGCUAGGAGAGCACCGCGCGCCGCUUCUGCUUCUGCUUCUGCUUCUGCUUCUGCUUCUGCCUCCGCCUCCCCUUCUUCUUCUUCCUCCUCCCCAUGGCCAUCCCUAUCACUAUCCAGGCUGGGAGCCACCAAGCUCAAAGUUACCAUCCCCGCCAUCGCCAAGAACCAGCGCCUGCUUCCUCUUCCUCUUCCUGGGCUCUUGGAUUUCACAAGGAGCCUCCACGCGCUGCCUCUUGACGAUGCUGGUGCUCUUUCCAAGAACAAAAAGGAGGAGGAGGAGGAGGAGGAGGAGGAGGAGGACAAUGCUCUCUUCGGCAGCGGCCUUUAUCCUGGGACUGUCGGCAUCGACCUCAUUCUUCUAGCCCUGCCCGCAGUCUUAGGCCAGGCCAUCGACCCCAUGGCGCAACUCAUGGAGACCGCGUAUAUCGGCAAAUUAGGGGCUCUGGAGCUAGCGUCUGCUGGUAUUGGUGUCGCUAUUUUCAACAUCCUAUCCAAGAUUUUCAACAUCCCCUUGUUGAGCAUAGCAACCUCAUUUGUGGCCGAGGAUAUUUCCAAGAAUGCUAGCAAGCAUUCUACUUCAGGCAAACUGGAGCUGCCAUCCGUGUCGUCGGCUUUGGUUUUAGCUGCUGCUAUUGGUACAAUCGAAGCAUUGGCAUUGUUCCUAGGAUCAGGAUUGUUUCUUAAACUAAUGGGCGUCUCACCUGUCUCUCCGAUGUAUACAUCUGCACGGCUCUUUCUUUCGCUGAGAGCCUUAGGAGCACCUGCAAAUGUGAUUAUGUUAGCAGUGCAGGGUAUCUUUCGUGGAUUCAAGGAUACCAAGACUCCCGUACUUUUUAUAGGUUUGGGGAAUCUUUCAGCUGUGGUUCUUCUUCCGCUACUUAUAUAUGGUUUUAAGCUUGGUAUAACAGGAGCCGCAAUUUCUACAGUCGCAUCCCAGUACAUUAUUGCCAUUUUGCUUAUGUGGUCUCUAAGUAAAAGAGCUGUUCUGCUUCCUCCAAAGAUGGACCAGUUAGAGUUCGGUGAAUAUUUAAAAUCUGGUGGCAUGCUAUUGGGACGAACCCUCUCAAUUCUGUUAACAAUGACCAUCGGUACAUCAAUGGCUGCUCGACAAGGCCCAACAGCUAUGGCUGCUCAUCAGAUUUGUUUGCAAGUAUGGCUUGCUGUAUCUCUGCUUGCAGACGCCUUAGCAGUUUCUGCCCAGGCUCUGAUUGCAAGCUCUUACGCAAUACUGGACUACAAAAGGGUCCAGAAGGUUGCGAUGUUUGCUCUGCAGAUAGGACUAGCUAGCGGGUUAGCUUUGGCAGUUGGCCUGUAUAUCUCAUUUGGCAGUAUAGCAAAGCUAUUUACCAAUGACCCUCAGGUCCUAGCGGUUGUGAGCUCCUGUGCAUUGUUUGUCUGUGCCAGUCAACCAGUUAAUGCCUUGGCAUUCAUCUUUGAUGGCCUCCAUUAUGGCGUCUCCGAUUUUGACUAUGUCGCUCAAGCUACGAUUGUGGUUGGGGUGAUAUCAUCGUUGGUCUUGUUAUAUGCUCCACGUGUCUUUGGCCUGGCCGGAGUUUGGGCUGGUUUGACAACACUCAUGGGAUUGCGCAUGGCUGCAGGCAUCCUGAGGUUGCUAUGGAAAUCAGGACCUUGGUCAUUUUUGCACGAGGAACCUGCAGAAACCAAGUUGCAGGCGCAGCCCUUUGCAUCAUAAGAAUUCGUGGCGAUCCAGCACAUGUCAGGUCGUCGGGAGAGGUGCAGUUGAGGAAUGAAGAAGCACAAGCUAAACCAAGAAGGGGUCAAGCUGCUAAGCUAAGAGGAUAUAUUGUCAUUAGUUUUGUCACUUUUUUUUUGUGUGUGUGUGUGCGUGUGUAUGUAAAGAAGAGGAGGGAGGAUUAUUUCAUUUGAUGUUGCCAGCAUGCAGUUUAUUCAUUCAUUUGUUUGUUCUAUCUAUAAAACUAUGCAUUUCUAAUGAUAUGUAAAGUAUGGAAGAAAUGUGAGUUGUUGUUCCCCUA